UCAGUCUAUCUUUUAUAACUGUGUAUUUUAUUUUUUCUUCACUGUAAUUUUCUUCAUUAAUUUUUGCUAAUCACCCUUUACAACAUGCCCAAACCUAUUCUAGGAUAUUGGGAAGUCCGUGGAUUGGUUGAGCCAAUAAGAUAUCUUCUACAUUACAAAAAUGUAGAUUUCGAAGACAAAAGAUAUUCAUUAAGUGAUCGUUCAGAAUGGGAAAAGGAUAAAUUUAAUCUGAAUUUGGAUUUUCCAGAUCUACCAUAUUACAUAGACGAUGAUGUAAGAAUGACUCAGAGUAAUGCUAUACUGAGAUACUUAUCUGGAAAAUUUGGUCUGGAUGGAAAGACUGAAGAAGAGAAGAUUCGAGUAUUUCUAGCUGAGCAACAAAUUAUUGAUCUUCGUGAUAAUUUGAGCCGAUUAACACUCGAUGAGAAUUUUGAGGAGCUAAAACCGGAAUUCAUGGCUAGAACUCCAUUCCAAAUGAAACUGUUCGCUGAUUUUCUCGGACAAAGAACUUUCAUUUCUGGCGAUACAAUCACAUAUGUUGAUUUUAUGGCUUACGAAAUGAUUGACUUUUAUCACUACUUCAUGCCCAAAUUUCUUGCAGACUUCCCAACGCUGAGAGAUUAUAAAGAAAGAAUCAGAAAUUUACCAGGAAUAUUGAGAUAUAUCAACUCACCAGUUUUCAAACGUUGGCCUAUUUACUCUAAAAAUGCUAAAUUUGGAACGCGAGGUCCUGAACCCAAGCAGCUAUAGCUUAUAUAUGUAUAUAUUUUUAAAUUUAAAUUAGAGGCUGAAAUGCAUGAAAAUUAACUUUGAGCACUAAAGAGAAAAAUUUAAUGAACAAUUCCAAUUGUAGUUUAAAAAUAUGUUUAAUGUCAUUGUACAAGACAAAAAAUAGCCCAAUUAUUAUUGAAUUUUUGUGCAACAUUUUUUUCAUAGGCGUUUUAUACUAACUUAGUUGAGAAUAUUGUGCAUAUUGUAGCAAAAUAAAG